UUUUGUGCUCUCUUCGUCUUCUUCUUUCUUUAGUUCGUUGGUUUGCAUUGCAGAAGAAGAAUGCUUUUUGUCACCUACUCUCUCUUUUUGUAGUCUCUCUACUCUUUUUUCUUUGAGAUAUAAACCCACAAAACAGCUCUCUCUCUCUCUCUCUCUUGUGUUAAGUAUCGUCGUGUUAAAGAUGGAGAGAUACAAGUGUAGAUUUUGCUUCAAGAGCUUUAUCAAUGGAAGAGCUUUAGGUGGUCACAUGAGAUCUCACAUGCUUACUCUUUCUGAAAAACCUGAACUUUACGAGUUAACUGGUGAGCAACAAGAAGAGGAGCGGCCGAGUCAACUCAGUUCCCACGACGACGACGAUACGGAGUCGGAUGAUGCUUCUUCUUCGUCUGAUGAGUUUGAUCAUUUAAAGAGGAAUCGUAGUACUCAUGAUGAUGGAUGUGAGUUUGAUUUUGCGGAAGACGACGACGACGACGUUGAAAGCGAAACCGAGUCUUCGAGGAUCAACCCAACUCGGCGACGAUCUAAGCGGACUCGGAAACUUGGAUCGUUCGAUUUCGACGACUUUAAGAAGCUUGAAACGAGCCAACCCGGUGAGUUAGUAGUGACGGAGCCAGAUCAUCACAGCUCAGCUUCUGAUACAACGACGGAGGAAGAUCUCGCCUUUUGUCUCAUUAUGCUAUCUAGAGACAAAUGGAAGCAACACAAGAAGAAGAAGACGACAAAGACACGUGUAGAAGAAGAAGAUGAAUGCGAAGAUUACAAAUCGAGCAAGAACAAAGGAGGAGGAGGAAGAGGUAGAUUCAAGUGUGAGACUUGUGGUAAAGAGUUUAAAUCGUAUCAAGCAUUAGGAGGACACAGAGCAAGCCACAAGAAGAACAAAGCAUGCACGGCGAAAACAGAGCAAGUUAAAACAGAGUACGUUCAUGGAGGAGUCACGGUCACGGAGAAGAGAGUUCAUGAAUGUCCGAUCUGUUUUAGGGUUUUCAUUUCAGGACAAGCACUUGGAGGUCAUAAGAGAUCUCACGGAAGCAGUAUAGGAGCAGGAAGAUUGAAUGUAAAUCAAAUUGUUCGAAUCCAUAAAGACGAACAAGAAGAAGAAGUAUCAAUGAAACAGGGGACGAUUGAUCUCAAUCUUCCUGCACCUAAUGAAGAAGAUGAAACCUCUUUGGUGUUCGAUGAAUGGUGAUAAAAGUAACAGACUUUGCGUGAUUCGGGUUGUCACAAAUUGUUAAAAUCAUUUUUUAUUGUUAUUAUUCUUUGUUUUUUGUUUUUUGUUUUUUUUUCUUGCGGGGGGUUUGAUCGAACUAAAAAUCAAAGGAGGCUACUUUUACAUGUUCUAACGCCAAGUUGUUUAAUUCAGUACUACUAGCCUCACGUCGUGUUGGCCUAAAUCAGAGAUCAUUGAAUUUUCUUUA